UGGACGACACCAGUUGUUUGCAGCUAUCUGUUGUUUAAGAAAUGUUGAAGUUUGUGGUACUCUUGUCGUUCGUCGCCUGUGCCUUGGCUGGCACCAUACCCGCUGGUAUGGUCAGCCUUGAUAACGGUCUUGCUGGACGUAUCGUUGGUGGUACACCAACCCAAAUCUCUGCAUUUCCCUGGCAAAUAUCUCUCCAACGUUCCGGUUCACAUUCGUGCGGUGGCUCUAUCUAUAGCACCAAAAUUAUUGUGACCGCAGCUCACUGCUUGCAAUCGGUUAGUGCUUCAGUGUUGAGAAUUCGUGCUGGUUCCAGCUACUGGAACUCCGGUGGUGUUGUCAUCUCGGUCUCCUCGUUCAAAAACCAUGAAGGAUACAACAAAAAUACUUACGCUAAUGACAUCGCCGUCAUCAAACUAUCAUCAUCGCUGUCGUACAGCUCUACCACCAAAGCUAUUGGUUUGGCCACUAGCGCACCUUCCAAUGGCGCUUCAGCUGCUGUCUCCGGUUGGGGUACCUUGAAAUCUGGCUCAUCUUCUAUUCCAAGCCAACUGCAGUAUGUCGACGUUUCGAUUAUUAGCGAAAGCAGAUGUGCUUCAUCCACCUACAGUUAUGGUUCCUCCGUCAAGUCUGGCAUGAUCUGCGCUGCUGCUUCCGGUAAGGAUGCCUGCCAAGGUGACUCUGGUGGUCCAUUGGUAUCCGGUGGUGUGCUCGUUGGUGUUGUUUCAUGGGGCAAAGGUUGCGCUCUUGCCAAAUACCCUGGUGUAUACGCUGAUAUAGCCACCUUCCGCUCCUGGGUUGUUAGCACCGCCAACUCCAUCUAAAGUCAACGUCGAUAUUAAAAAUUAUAAUUAAAUAAAUGAAGAAUUAAAAAAAAAAUAA